UCGUUUCGAUGCUUUUCAGAGUAUUAUCAUUAACAAAGAGCCGAAACAGUAUUACGGUAAGCGCCACCGGGUCUCUUCGUAGAGGGUUGUUUUGUGAAGGUGUUUAGGCAUGGCGGAUUCGGAAUCGAACCUUCAAAGCAAAUUGCGAUGCCAUCAUUGUGCAGGCCCUCUUUCCAAGGAGAUGGAAACUAGCGAUUGGACUAUUCCACCUCUAAUCAGAGAUAGCUUUUCCAUGAUUGGUUCUGCUGUUGGUGGUACAACGAGCGCAUUCUAUGGAUUCAACCAUGUGAUGCCAGUUGUUCGGAAGUGGGUAAAAGGACCAAUGUGGGUGCAUUUCCUCAUUGGCGCACCACCUGUAAUAGUAUUCUCUUCUGCCUGCGCGGGUUUAGCAGGUGGUGCUGUUCCAGCGCUAGCCCAACUUGCUUCAUCUUCUUACCAUGCAGCGGUGUCAUCUCCUUCACUUCCUCCUCCAUCACAUGAUCAGAAGAUGCAUGGCUCCAGAAGUUCCUCUACUUUGUGAGAGAUAACACGUAUACAUGCAGUGAUAUACAGUGGUGUCAAUGCAGAGAGAGAGAGAGAGAGAGAGAGACAGAGGGCUGCUUUUGUAUGUGUACACCACUGUGAGGGGCUUUGUAAGCCUUCGUGAUCUGCUAUGGGCAAAUUAAUAUCAGUUCAUUAUGAAAUUUGUCGCUGUCGAUAUCUACUACUUCGUAUGCAUAUUUAUAGUAUCUACUUCAUGUUUUUCAUGAUAUAGUACCGAAAUUGAAAAUUAGAUAGAUAUUAUUUUGCACAAUGAAAACUGUGAGAACAUUUAGUCUUUUGAUUAUUCUAAAUUUUCAUUUUCAAUUUUUUA